AUGCAGUCUCCUGCUAUGGAAAGUGAAGCACCAGAGCUCUACCGGGACGAUGGGCAGUUCAAGGAGGUCAUGCCGUCCUCCAACCUGGGACCAUAUCAACAGCAGGUUGAUCCAGCAAACCGCGGCGGCGGAAAUCACCAGUCCCAUCUCGAGGCGGUCAGGAUCGGGCAGGUAGACCCUGAGGUGCUGGGCUACGGCACAUAUUCGAGCACUGGCACCGGUGAUCCGCAACUAGCACCUACUGACCAUGACGAGCCCAAACCGGCGCCGUCAGAUCAGAAAAAGAAGCGAGAUGACAAGAAACGGAUAUGGGGGCUCACGCUACCGACUUUAAUCUUUAUCAUUGUGGUCGCUGUGAUAGUCAUAGGUGCAUCUAUAGGAGGAGCCUUGGGUGGUCUCAAAGCUACAAAGGAUCGUAAUGGAGCUCUAAACUCGGUCGACAGUGCAGAAUCGAGGUCGCUGAGCACCCAGCCCAAGGCGACGGCAACAACAGCAGCGACAGCAACUGUAACUACAACGCAGUCGGCAGACAUAUCCAACUACAUCGCGCCAACGGACAAGGACCUAUAUAUACAUAUUGAUUGUGCUGCAUUAGAAGAUGACCAUCAGUCUACGCAAAUGGCCAAUGGGCAGACGUACAGCUACUCCGUCGAGUGUGGCAAGGACAUAGUCCGCUUUACUGGCGAUGUGGGUAUUGACAUAUUUGCCGCCACGACAUACACCUUUGAAGACUGCUUGAUGGUCUGCUCUUCGUACAAUCAAAACUCUAAUAGCACCGGUUGCAAGGCGAUAGCUUUCAAUAGAUGUGAGUGA